CCGGUCCGUUGCUGGUCCGAUUCCCCCAGCUGACCGUCAUCAUACCAAUCGUGCUCUCGGAGCUCCGGCAGAAGAAGAAGAAGAUGUCGCGGGACCAACCCCAUAUAACUGCCAGAGCACUGAGAUCAGCCAUUAUUUCUUUUCUCCAACCAGAUCGAUAAGUAUCUGCAACAUGCAAGCUGCGGUACCCCCUUCUGGAAUUUACGUGCCCGCUGUCUUGUUCUUCAAAGAGAACGAGGACUUUGAUGUCCCUGCUAUACAGUCUCAUGUCUUACGGCUCGCUCAGGGAGGUGUCACAGGUAUCGUCGUGCAAGGAAGCAAUGGAGAGGCUCAACACUUGUCACACGACGAGCGUAAAGAGGCCAUCAGCCUUACUCGCAAGACGUUAGAUGACAAUGGCUUCCAGAACGUUGUUAUUAUUGCAGGUUGCGGUGCCCAAUCUGCGCGAGAGACGAAGAAGCUCUGCGCAGAUGCAAAGGAUGCUGGUGCUGCCUUUGUGCUCGUAUUGACACCUUCCGUCUGGCCUGGAGACAUGACGACACAGAACAUCAUCAACUACCAUCGUGAAGUUGCAGAUUAUUCACCUUUGCCAUACAUGGUGUACAACUUCCCAACCGUCACUGCCGGCAUCGACCUGGACUCCGAUAUUAUCCUCACACUCUCAGAGCACCCCAACAUUGUAGGCACUAAGCUGUCCUGUGGAAACGUUGGAAAGCUCCACCGAAUUACUUCUGUCAAGCCGCCCUCAGAAUUCUGCACUCUCGCUGGUGUAUCAGAGGUGCUCCUACAGGGACUCCUUUCUGGAAGUGCUGGCGCUAUUGCCGCGCUCCCGAACCUCGUGCCUAAGCUACACAUGAAGUUGUACGCACUCUACCAGGCAGGAAAGAUCGACGAGGCUAUGAAGAUUCAAGCUCAACUAGGUCAGGGAGAUUGGGCAACACGCAAGGCUGGAGGAGUUGGUGCUAUGAAGGCACUGAUCUCGAAACAUUUCGGAUAUGGAGAAACUUACGUUCGACGGCCGCUCAUGGCUGUUUCACGACUCAGUGGUACAUAUGUUGAUAAACUGGAGGAACUGAUCGCCAGUGAGAAGAUGUUGUAGGAUGUCACAUGUUUUGUAUUACGAAUAUCGCAUGCACACAGUCCAAGUUUCCGAUUCCUUAUCCACCUGACACCGGACCACACCAUGAAAACACACGACACUUCGUCCAUGUGGAUCCAAAAUCAUUCAAUCCCUCGAGAGUCAAUAUCAGUCCUUUCAUCAUGUUCGCCAUCAAUCACGGUGCAAUCUGUGCAUCCUGGUGCAUGGCGCCUACAUUGUGGGGUGACGCUGAUCAUGACGGAUUUUUAUUUGGAUCAAUUCUGGAGCGAGAUAAGCAGUGGGUAAACUGACGACGUGUUGCUGUCUCUGGGAUGCG